AUGGCUACGAGAAUUAGAGACUACUACGACUUUGAGAGAAGAUGGUUUGAAAAAAACGCACCUAUAGGAGGAUUCACAAAUCCAAAUGGCGAGUGUUUCCCAGUUAACGCCGAAAAUUUAUUAAAAUCGUUAAAAUAUCGAGCAGAAAAAGCGAGCGUAAAAUGCCUCUGUAAUUACUUAUCUGGGAUUACUGGAUAUCACACACAAGUUCUUCGUUUGACGAAUUGGAAAGAGCAAGUCAGAAAUGACCAGCGCAUAAAAGAUUAUAUUGAUUCAUUACGAGGCUCUGGUCCAAUUGGAAUUAUGAGCGAGCAGCAUCGUCGUGGAAUGAAAAAUGCCAGGCGACGUGUUCACAAUUUGCAUACACAAUGA